GACCGGAUGCGAUAUAUCCUCUGGGACAACAACUGCUCUGUUCCUCCUCAGAUCCACAUGACGCCAUUUACUGCUGCUUUUGCGGAGAGAUCACCCUGCCUCCUCCGGAAAGGAGAAAAAAAAGCAAGGGGGGGAGAAGGAGGGAAUGAGGAGGAGGAGGAGGAGGCAGAGGAGAGAGGGAGAGGGCAGAAAAACGCUGAACCUCUCAGAGCACGGAUCUCAAACCAGCCUUCCUGCAAACAUACAACAAGCAACAGAAAACACCAGCUCUCAGACCCCGCUGAUUUCCCCCUCCCCCUAAAAAAAGAGGGGGGGAAAGACCCUUCCCUUCCCCUCUCCCAUUUGCAAUCUACAAAGCUGCCUUGGAGAAAACAGGCACUCACGUACAACACACAUUCCCAGAGGAAGAGAGAGAGAGAUCACCAACCACUUUUUAAAAACAAAGUAACACCCCGCAAAAUACAAACCGCUUUCAACAGAUCGAAGCUAGGACGCCCAAGCUGCUCUUUUGCUGGAAGAAGGGAGCAAACUCUCCACGGCAACCUUGGGAUUUUAUUCGUAUUUUUCUUCUUUUUCUAAGAACCAUUCUUAUGUCUCUCGCCUGGGCUCCCCCUUGCCCUCCCCGCGUGUAUGAUGCCUUAAGAGAAAGUGACUCGGGAUUGACGAAUCGGCCUCUUGUUCAUUGAGAAAAAAAACGACAAGGAAAUCAACGUGUGUGAUUGCAAAGGAAAAGAGGGGGGGAACCUCGCCCCAUUUGGAAAAGGGGACUUUUCCCCCUAAUAUAUAUAUAUAUAUAUAUUUGUGGUUGUUUUGUUUUUUAUUUAUUAUCAUUUCUCCCUGAAGAAGACAGGAGGAGGGAGAAAAGCGCAACUUUGCUGUGGAUUUUCGGGCUUUUUUUUUUUUUAAAGCACGUUUCAAUGAUUCUUGCUUGCAACCUGGACUCGAAGAUUUCAGAUGUGUUCUAAGCUCCCUGGAGUGAUCACUCUUCAGGGUUCUGAUGGAGACAAGAGCUCAGAAUGGCAGUGGGUCACAGCCCUUGCUACAGGGUCAGCAUGACAGUGGGCGGCAGUAUGGAGAAUCUGAUCUAAGGGAUGUUCUGGCACAACAAGUUCACGUCUUGUCCUUGGACCAGAUCAAGGCUAUCCGAAACACAAAUGAAUACACGGAACCACCCACAGUGGCUCCGCGGCCUGGGGUGAAACCAGCUCCACGUCCACCAGUCCAGCACAAAACUGGAAGGGCAAAUGGAUUGACUGAACAACAUCUUCUUAACAGGGUCCAGCAUCCCCAGGUCCAUGUGUCUUCUCGGUUACCGCUGUCCCGUUCCAUUAGCACAGUCAGCACUGGCUCACGGGACAGUACGAGGACAAGUACAAGUAGUAAUUCAUCAGAACAGAGACUUCUGGGGUCGUCUUUGGGGACAGUUGUUGAUGGGAUAAUCCGAGUCCAACCCAAAUCAGAGCUGAAAUCUGGUGAACUCAAGCCCCCUAGCAAAGAAGAUUUGCGCAUGCACGCCUACAGGUGUGAGGACUGUGGGAAAUGCAAGUGUAAGGAGUGCACAUAUCCACGAACUCUUCCAUCCUGUUGGAUCUGUGACAAGCAGUGUCUUUGCUCUGCCCAGAAUGUGGUUGAUUAUGGGACUUGUGUUUGCUGCGUGAAGGGGCUUUUCUAUCACUGCUCCAAUGACGAUGAGGACAACUGUGCUGAUCACCCUUGUUCUUGUAGCCAAUCACAUUGCUGCGCUCGGUGGUCCACCAUGGGGGUUGUGUCUCUCUUUCUGCCUUGCCUUUGGUGUUACCUGCCAGCCAAGGGUUGCCUUAAGUUGUGCCAGGGCUGCUAUGACCAGGUAAACAGGCCUGGCUGUCGCUGUAAGCACUCCAACACUGUUUGCUGCAAAGUUCCCAAUGUCCCACCGAGGAACUUUGAGAAGCCCACAUAGCAUCACUGAACAGGAGCAUGGCAAAUAAUAAGGAUUUUUCUUUGUAAUAUCAAAUGCAGCCAACUAAAUGAGCUAUAAUUGUGGCACUGUUUCUUAGGAGGAUGGGGGGGAGGGUACAUUGAGGUUUGCAGUGACCUGCUUUUUCUCUGUGUUUGCAUCGGCCAGCUUAAUGGAGAUGCUUGUUAGAAUCCACCUAGUGGACAUCAGAAUGGAGAUACACUCUGUGGGACCCAAAUAUUGCAUAAGCUAACGCAACUCAAGACACUCCUAGGUAAUCUGUUGUGUUGUAUGGGGGGGGCUUCCCCCCCUCAAAUGAAUAGUACAUUUGUAAAUUAGAAAACUACUUCACCCCACUCCCAAUUAUUUUCUGCCAGAGAUGUGCUAUAUUUUUGUAUAUAAGAUAUUUUCAACUGUGAAAACAUGGGUGUCAAAGAAUAAUAUGGCACAGGUCACAAAAUAUUAUACUAAUAUGUUGUACAUUCAAAAGAAUGUGAAUCAAUCAGUAUGCUUUAGAUUGUAUUUUGCCUUAUGGAAGCCCUUCAAUUGCAAGACUCUGAUUCUCGCCCCCCGCCCCUUUUGGAUUUCAUGUAUAUUGUACAGUUACAGUAAAAUUCAGUCUUUAUUUUCUAAUUUUUUCAACAUAUUGUUUAGUGUAAAGAAUAUUUAUUUGAAGUUUUAUUAUUUUAUAAAAAAGAAAUAUUUAUUUUAAGAGGCAUCUUACAAAUUUCACCCCUUUUUAUGAGGAUGCCACAGUUGCUGCAAAUAAGGGGUGAAAGAUACAUAUGUUCCCUAUAAAAUAGAAAUAUAUUAACGUUUGAAAUUAAA